AGGGGAGAAGAGGGGGCGGUGGAGAGGGGAGAAAGGGGAGCGAGUACGAGGGGGAGCGACGUGUUUCCGUGAGGAGCCUUCCCGGAUCGCGCAUUCCAUGUGACGGGCCCGCCGCGGUCAUGGCCGAAGAGGCGGCUACCUCGGAACAGGUCCCGGGCCCCGAGGGACCCCAGGAGGAGGAUGUUCCCGGCGAUGCCUCGGGGUCCUCCCCGCUGCCGUACCCCGGGUUGGCCCCCGUCGCCUUCUUCUGCAUGCGGCAGACGAGCGGCCCGCGCAGGUGGUGUCUCCGCCUCGUGUGCGACCCGUGGUUCGAGCGCGCCAGCAUGCUCGUGAUCCUGCUCAACUGCGCCACGCUCGGCAUGUUCCAGCCGUGCGCCGAGGGGCAGUGCCGCGCCCAGCGCUGCAGCGUGCUGCAGGCAUUCGAUGACUUCAUCUUCACGUUCUUCGCGGUGGAGAUGAUCCUCAAAAUGAUGGCGCUGGGGAUCUGGGGCCGCGCGGGGUACCUGGGGGACACGUGGAACCGCCUCGACUUCUUCAUCGUGCUGGCGGGCAUGCUGGAGUACUCGCUGGACAUGGAGAGCGUCAGCCUCUCUGCUAUCCGCACGAUCCGCGUGCUGCGCCCACUGCGAGCGAUCAACCGCGUCCCCAGCAUGCGCAUCCUGGUGACGCUGCUGCUCGACACGCUGCCCAUGCUGGGAAACGUGCUGCUCCUCUGCUUCUUCGUCUUCUUCAUCUUCGGCAUCGUUGGGGUUCAGCUGUGGGCCGGCCUGCUGCGCAACCGCUGCUUCCUGCGCGAGGCGAACGCCACCCUGGACGUGGACGGCUCCUCGCUACCGCUCUCGCCCGUGUUCCGCACUGAGGACGAGAGCGAUCGGCCAUUCAUCUGCUCGCUGCCCCGCGACAACGGCGUGCGCAGCUGCCGCGACCUUCCAAGGUCGCGCCUCGCGGGGGGACCUUGCACCUCGGGGGGCGCCCUCGGCGAGGCGCAGCGAAGCAGCGGGGCGCGGAACGGUUCGGGGCCGCAGGGGCCCCCGGGCCCGUACAGCCCACACAGCCCCUAUGGUCACUACAGUCCCUACAGUCCGCAUGGAGGCCACAGCGCGCAAGCCAUGGUGUCUAUUCCUGAGAACCAGAGCGCGGCGGGGCGCGCCAUAUGCGUGGACUGGAGCCGCUACUACAGCGAGUGCCGCCCCGGGAAGAGGAAUCCGCACGGAGGCUCUGUGAACUUUGACAACAUCGGCUACGCGUGGAUCGCCAUCUUCCAGGUGAUCACGCUGGAGGGAUGGGUGGACAUCAUGUAUUACGUCAUGGACGCGCACUCCUUCUACAACUUCAUCUACUUCAUCCUCCUCAUCAUUGUCGGGUCGUUCUUCAUGAUCAACCUGUGCCUCGUGGUCAUCGCCACGCAGUUCUCCGAAACCAAGCAGCGUGAGAACCAGCUGAUGCACGAGCAGCGGGCGCGCCUCGGAUCGCGCGGUAGCUCCAUCGACAGCGCGGGGGGCUAUCAGGAGCCGGGCAGCUGCUACCAGGAGCUGCUGCGCUACAGCGCGCGCGCCUGCCGGAGGCUGCGGCGGCGCGCGCUGCACCUGUGGGGCGCCUGCUCCUCCGCCUGCUCCUCCUCCCGCAACUCCACCUCCUCGUCGCGCCCGCGCUCUGCCAUGCGUGGCUCCUGCUUGGAGCGCGGCGGCUGCCUCCACGUGGUCAAGCGGCGCCCGCGCUGCUCCUGCCGGCGGCACCGCUCGUCCUCCCUCCUCCAUCACCACUACCAGCAGCAAAGCCACCGCCGGCGGCACGUCAGCCACCACCACCACCAUCACCGCCACCACCACCAUCACCACAACCACCACCACCGGCGGGACGGCGGCGCGGCCCGGGGCACCCUCACUGGCGGCGGUGGCGGCGGCGGCAGCAGGAGGAGGAGAACGUGCAAGUCGGUCCACCACCACAUGAUCCACCACCACCACCAUCACCACCACCACUAUCACAUCGGCAACGGCAGCGGCCAGCAGCAGCAGCAGUCGGCAGCGGCGGCGCCCGGGAUCCUGCAGCUGGAGGCAGGAGAGGCGGGGGCCCCCCUGGGUCCUGGGGGGUCUAGUGGGGCCUUGGUGGUGCGUGGGCGCGGGGGACGUACCGCCUCCGUGCACAGCGUCUUCCACGCCGACUGCGUGCGCCUCGACUGCCCCCCCACGGGGACCAAGCAGCCGCUGUCUUCCCCCACGCAACACGUCGUGCCCCCCAUCAGCUACCCGACCAUCAUCGCAUCGGGCCCCCCACGGAACGAGGAUGUGGCGAAAGCAAAGGCGGCGCCAGGGAGGGGGGGCUCCAUUGCUCCCUACAGGGGGCUGCGGCGUUUCUCACGCACCUACAGCAGUAUGUGUGUUCGUAUGUGUGCGUGUGUGCGGUGGUGCGGUGGUGGCCGGCACUGCACUUACAGCCUGGGGAAAUCCAGCGCUAUUAUCCAGCGCACACCGUGCCCCUCUAGGAACUAUACCCACAGCAUGGUGGCAUCCGGGUUAUACGGGGAUCGUUGUAUUUGUAUGCACGCGAGUCCGUGCAUGUGCCAGGCUGACCGCUGUUGUUUAGAUCCCCUACACAGCCAUUUGCCAGGUCCAACAGCGACCACUAACCACCACCAUCAUCAUCACAAUCAAAACCACCACCAUCACAAUCACUACCAAGCAUCACCAGUCACCACCACCAACACCACCACUAUAAGUGACCCAUGGGUCCGCGCUGCAGGUUCGCGCCGGGACUCGGGUCGCUCCCGCGGGUCUCCCUCGCUUCUACUGGAGCGGGAGCUGCAGCGCUGCCCGCACUGCCCGUCCGACAGCUCCGACUGUGAUUGCAGUGACAGCGAUAGUGGGAGUGACACGGGGUCGGGGCUCGGGGCAGAGGGACCCCCGGACCCCCGAGAAUCCCGGGACCUCCGGCGUCCGAGCGGCCAUCGGGACCAGGAUCGGCCCGAGGAGGGGUCACCUCGCCGGGUGGCCGGGCCCCCCGCGCGAGCGCGCAGGUGGGGGCCCGCAGGGCCUCGCUGGGCGCGUGCGUGGGGAACCGCGGGCCCUCGAUGGGCGCGCGUGAGCCGCUGGUUCCGCGCGAUCGUGGAGAGCAAGUACUUCACCCGUGGCAUCAUGGUGGCCAUCCUCAUCAACAGCCUGAGCAUGGGCAUCGAAUACCACGAGCAGCCCGAGGAGCUCACAAAUCUCCUGGAGAUCAGCAACAUGGUGUUCACCAGCAUCUUUGCGCUGGAGAUGCUCAUCAAGCUGCUGGCGUUCGGGCUCCUGGGCUACAUCCGCAACCAGUACAACAUCUUUGAUGGCAUCAUCGUCAUUAUUAGCGUGUGCGAGAUCGUGGGGCAGUCGGGUGGGGGGCUUUCGGUGCUGCGAACGUUCCGACUGCUGCGCGUGCUCAAGCUGGUGCGCUUCAUGCCCGCGCUGCGGCGCCAGCUCGUGGUGCUCAUGAGAACCAUGGACAACGUCGCCACCUUCUGUAUGCUGCUCAUGCUCUUUAUCUUCAUAUUCAGCAUCCUUGGGAUGCAUCUCUUCGGCUGCAAGUUCAGCGUGAAGACAGAGAGUGGGGACACGGUCCCCGACCGCAAGAACUUCGACUCGCUCCUUUGGGCCAUCGUGACCGUCUUCCAGAUCCUGACGCAGGAGGACUGGAACGUGGUGCUAUACCACGGCAUGGCCUCCUCCUCACCCUGGGCCGCGCUCUACUUCAUCGCGCUCAUGACAUUCGGAAACUACGUCCUCUUCAACCUCCUCGUGGCCAUCCUGGUGGAGGGCUUUCAGGCCGAGGGAGACGCGAGCCGCUCCGACUCGGACGACGACGUGGGCGGCUCGGCGAUCGACGAGGAGGGGGACCCAGCCAAAGGGCUCCCAGUGUUGGCCUCAAAUGGUCACGCGGACCCCAAAGGGGUGGGGGGUCUGGCCCCCACGGACGCCGCCUCCACGCCCUCUCCCGUGGGGGAGCCGUGGCACCAUGUCGUCCUCGACGCUUCCGCGUGCAUUGUCGGCGAAGGAAUCUCGGGGGGCCCCGGGGUUCUUGUGGGGGCGGCUGUCCUCGUCGCAGGCCCGGGGCCCCGAGCAGCCCGCAGGUCGAGUGGGUCGCGAGGAGGGGCCGGGUCCCCCCGCCGCCAGGGGGAGCGCCGCUCGCUGCUCUCGCCGGACGACGGAGACGACCACGAGUUCAUCGACGCGCCAGGAACGGCGAGCGGCAGGGACGAGGGCGCGGGGGCGAAGGAAGGGGCGAGGGAGGGAGCGAGGGAGGGGACGGCACGGCCGCCUCCCUCGCCCCCUCCCCCGCCCACGCUGCUGCUGCCCUUGGCCUCGCCCCCCGCGGUGCCCGGAUCGGCGCCCCACGACCUCGCGGCGGUGCGCGUGGCCCUGCACCGGCCCGCACUGCCGCUGCCCCUGCUCAUGCCCGUGGCGCUGCACGUGUCUCUGCCCGACUGCAAUGGGAAGACACCCCCCUAUGGCUCGGCCAAACAUGCGCCGCCAGACCCACUGGAUGAUAUUGACGAUCGCUGGUGGUUUCGGCUGGGCCGCCGCCUCCAGCGCUACCGGCCGCGCUGCUGCGUGGUGCGCGCGGAUUGGUCGCUCUACGUGUUCCACCCGCACAAUCGGUUCCGCUGGGUGUGCCGCAAGAUAAUCGCGCACAAGGUGUUUGACCACGUGGUGCUGCUAUUCAUCUUCCUCAACUGCAUCACCAUCGCGCUGGAGCGGCCCGAUAUCCCCAGCUACAGCGCCGAGCGCGUCUUCCUCACUGUCUCCAACUACAUCUUCACCGCCGCCUUCGUCACCGAGAUGGCUAUUAAGGUGACAGCGCUGGGCCUGGCGCUGGGGGAUGGCGCGUACCUGCGCAGCUCGUGGAACCUGCUGGACGGGCUCCUGGUCCUCGUCUCCGCCGUGGACAUUGUCGUGUCCCUCGCCUCGUCCGGAGGCGCGCGCAUCCUGGGUAUCCUGCGCGUGCUCCGGCUCUUGCGCACCCUGCGGCCCCUGCGAGUGAUCAGCCGCGCGCCGGGCCUGAAGCUCGUGGUGGAGACGCUGAUCACGUCAUUGAAGCCGAUUGGGAACAUCGUCCUCAUCUGCUGCGCCUUUUUCAUCAUCUUCGGCAUCCUGGGGGUACAGCUCUUCAAGGGGAAGUUCUAUUACUGCGAGGGGACGGACACCCGGAACAUCACGAGCCGUGCUGACUGCGCGCGUGCGCACUACCGUUGGGUGCGCCGCAAGUACAACUUUGACAACCUGGGGCAGGCGCUCAUGUCCCUUUUCGUGCUGGCCUCUAAGGAUGGCUGGGUGAACAUCAUGUACGAUGGCCUGGAUGCCGUGGGUGAGGAUUUGCAGCCCGUGCGGAACCACAACCCGUGGAUGCUGCUCUACUUCAUCUCCUUCUUGCUGCUCGUCAGCUUCUUCGUGCUCAACAUGUUCGUGGGCGUUGUGGUGGAGAACUUCCACAAGUGCCGGCAGCACCAGGAGGCUGAGGAGACGCGGCUCCGCGAGGAGAAGCGACUCCGCCGGGCAGAGAAACGGAGGCGCAACGGAAAGGACGCGGGGGGGAGACGCGCUAAGCAGGGCGCUCACAAAAACCCUAAAGAAGCGCAGCAGAAGCCGUACUACGCUGACUACUCUCGCACUCGCAUGCUCGUCCACGGCGCGUGCACGUCCAGCUACCUGGACCUCUUCAUCACCGUGGUCAUCGGCCUCAACGUCGUCACCAUGGCCAUGGAGCACUACGACCAGCCCAGGUCGCUGGAGGAGGCGCUCAAGUACUGCAACUAUUUCUUCACAACGGUGUUCGUGCUGGAGGCGGCCUUCAAGCUUGUGGCGUUUGGCAUACGAAGAUACUUCAAGGACAGGUGGAACCAGCUGGAUCUCGGCAUCGUGCUGCUGUCCAUCAUGGGCAUCACGCUGGAGGAGAUCGAGAUGAAUGCAUCGCUGCCCAUCAACCCGACCAUCAUGCGCAUCAUGCGCGUACUGCGCAUCGCCCGCGUGCUCAAACUCUUGAAGACAGCCACAGGGAUGCGCUCCCUCAUCGACACCGUGGUGCAGGCGCUGCCACAGGUGGGGAACCUGGGCCUCCUCUUCCUGUUGCUCUUUUUCAUCUACGCGGCCCUGGGGGUAGAGCUGUUCGGCCGCCUGAUCUGUGACGAUGAGACCCCCUGCGAGGGCCUUACCCGUCACGCGACCUUCGAAAACUUCGGCAUGGCCUUCCUCACGCUGUUCCGCGUGUCCACGGGCGACAACUGGAAUGGCAUCAUGAAGGACACGCUGCGAGAGUGCGGGGCCGGGCUCCCCGCGGAACCCCCGGCCUGCGUGGCGCACCUCCCGCUCAUCUCGCCCGUCUACUUCGUGACGUUCGUGCUCACAGCGCAGUUCGUGCUCGUGAACGUGGUGGUGGCCGUGCUCAUGAAGCACCUGGAGGAGAGCAACCAGGACGAUGACGAUGACGAUGUGGAUGGAGACACCACGGAGGGCGAGGGGGGGCCCCUAGGGCCCGAAAGGGAUCUUCGCAGGGAGACCCCCUCCCCGACACCGCGGGGAACAGGAAGUCGGUCCCCCCGGCGGCACAGCGCUGACACCGGGUGGUCCCAGUGGGGGCAGGGGGCCGAGGGGGAACGCGUCUCCCUGGGCGGGUCCCCCUCGUGGCGGCCGGGGACCCGGCUGCGGUUCUCGUCGGACCUGUCGCUGGUGAUGGUGGACGCAGUGGAUGCUGAGUUGCUGCUCAUGGACAACCUGUCGGGCUCCGUGUGCCGCUCCUACGGCCUGAGCUCCACCCCGGGACCGCCCGGCUCCCCGAAGAUCCCAUUGGCCGAGAUGGAGGCGCUGUCCGUGACCUCCGACCUGUCGGAGCGAUCAUGGUCCCCGGAGCCGCAGCGCCGCUGCUCGGCGCCGUCCCCUCCAUCGUCAUCGUCGUCGCCCUCCGCGUCCUCGCCGCCCCCUGCCCCCUCGCCCCUCCUUCCCCGGGGGCCCACACGGCGGCCUCUCAACGCUGGAGAGACCCCGGUGGCACGGGGAGGUGACUUGGUCCCUGUGGCCAACGCUGAGCAAGGGGAGAGUCGGCCCGCGAGUCACGGCGACUCACAUCGGCGAACGCGACACGGGGCCCCUGGGGCCCCCUGCCCAGCCACAGCUACAGGCCCUCCCACAUUUUCUGUGUCUGAGCCAAGCCCGGAGGGGGCGUGCCCCCCACGUCCAUCAGAGAGGCCAGACCCCAUGGUGACCUGUCGUUCCAGCUUCCACAGACAGGAGGCCGCCGAAACGGGGUCCCAGGAGAACGUGGGGAUGAGGUCCCUUUCUUCGUAUUUGUGGGGACGCGGGUCACGCCAGCCUACCUCCCGCGACCCCACCGCGCCCCCCUCGCUACCCCCACGCCACUGCUGCCUCCCGCUAAGAGUCCGUGCCGGUCGGGCUGCCGUGGGCCCCACGGGUCCCAGAGGGACGCGGCCAGGUCCAGCGGAGGCUGCAGCUGCUGACAUGGAGCCCGGGGAAGAGGAGGAUGGAGGCGCGGUUCGUGCCGGCACCAGGGGAUCGUACGGACGGCGAGGGGCAGCAGUGGGGGGCAGCGAGGAGAGGGAGCGGCAUGGGGGCCCGAGGGCCCGGGGGCAUUUGAGAUCAGGCGCCACAGAGCAGACAGUGGGGCCGGGGUCAGAUCCACCAUGCCUGUCGGCACCCAGGCGGCCGAGAUGAUGAAGAUGACAGUGAUGGUGACGCUGAUGGUAAAGAUGAUAUUUUUUGUGUUUUCUUAAACAGUUGCUGAGCACAGGCCCAACAUGUCAAGUGGUCAGCAACAAACAACAAUAUCAAUGUUAUAAUAAACAAGUUAUGGUGAAGAUGAUGGUGGAAUUGAUGAAGAUGAUGGUGCAAUGGUAAAAUUCAUGGUAUUUCUUUCGUGGAAAAUAAUGCUGGUAAAAUUAUGGUGAAAUGUAUUUGGCGAUGGUUGAAAUUAUGGUAGAUUUGAUAGUUAAAUAAUGGUGAAGUCCAUGGCGAAGUCAAUCUUAAAGACAUGGUGAAGAUCUGCCAUCCGCAGGUGCUGUGUGCGAGACUCUGGUGCUGCCCUCGAUGGGGAUCGGACUGCGGGUUGCGAUGUGCACGGUGCUCCUCAAAGACGCGCACUGGGAAAGGAGGGGCCAGAGCCCCUUGGCCAACUCACCAACCGCUCACCACAAGUCACCAACUGCUUACCACAACUGAACACUGCCCACCCGCCACGCAUGGAACACAGCAGCCGCAACUCCUCUUCCCUUCCUUGUCACAACUUCAACAACAACCACUCAGUCCCCAGGCUCCCCCAGGACGUGUUGCCAGGAGUGUCCGCCCCCUUUUCCGCAGAGCAAGCCCGGGCAUCUUUCUCAGUCGGCCUCGGUCUAUCAGAACCACUUUGCAGUUCACUGUAAUAAUAAUUUGAACACAUUGCCACCACAAGAUCUCGGUACAAAUUCUUCCCUGUUGGACGAACACAGCUGAUGCCGAUUCCUCGACUGUCCGGGUCAAACCUGAACGGAUGGCGACCCCAGUACCACCCUUUGUACCCCUCAAAACCUGACCUCAGAUCCCGUAGCCUUUCUACCCAGGCCACUUGCAGUGCAACCCUCCCCUUCCAUAACGAUGAGGCAGAGGUCCAUUUAAGGGGAGUAUGUUUUGUCCACGCAGCCCCGCGGCUUCUUGUGUACAUGUGGUUGGUACCCAUAGCUUCCCUGUGAAACUGAGCACGCUACACGUGCACGUGGACACGUUGAGUUGCGAGCGCGCGUGAAUAUACACAAAGUGCGGUUUUGUAUGUGUGCUCUCAAGCUGAUUUAUUGAACAAAGAUGCGAUGUGUCAGUUUCUCCGAGACACCAACGUUA